AUGGACAAACAAAGCUCGCAUUUGUACACGCCCCGCGCAGAGCAGGUCCCUCAGGGAAGCGAGGAUGACUUUGCCGGUGGCAGCAACGACGGCCAGUUUUCCCGUGGCGUCGGAUUCACCUACACGGGUCGGCAAAUGGGCGGCGCUGGACCCACCAACGACUCGGCCAGUGCUGCUGGCGACAAGGGCCGGCGCAGCACAUUCCUCAGCGGGCUCCGUCACAGCCUGCCUGGCGGCGGCGGAAACCAUGGCGACGGUGAGAAGGAGGCGCCGAUGGAUACAUACGAGGCACGUGAGAAGCCCGGGCAGGAGAAGGGCGGCACAGGAGGCGAGGGCAAUAUGGCGAUUGGCAGUCACGAACACGUCGAGGACCUGGCAGUAACCAAGUCACGGCGGUGCUGGGUGUUUUUGACAUGGAUGCUGACGUUCUGGAUGCCGUCGCCGCUGCUGACGUGGUGUGGCCGCAUGAAGCGCCAGGAUGUGCGUAUGGCAUGGCGUGAGAAGCUGGCCAUCUGCGUGAUCAUUGUCAUCCUGUGGUUUGCCCUUUUGUUCCUCAUUAUCGGCCUGGGUCUGAUUCUGUGCCCCAAGGAGAAUGUAUGGACGCUCGACGACAUUGCUGGCUACAACACCGAGGACAAGGCGUAUGUCGCGCUGCGUGGCUCCACCUACGACAUCACCGACUGGAUGAAGCAGCCCCAUGGCACCACUGCCAACAAGGCCAGAAAGGAUCUCAUCCUGGAGUUCUAUGCAGGCAAUGACGUCAAUGCCUCAUUCCCGAUCCCUGUCCGCGUCGCAUGCCCCCAGUUCCUCAGCGCGGAGGAUGACCCCAACUACACCCGGUACUACCCCGUUGAUGGCGCCUCGGAUAAUACCGACACCACUGGCCAGUAUAUGUUCAAGCACAAGUACCAGGGGGAUCCGACAUCUGAUGAGCUGAAGGACCCCAACUUCUUUGCAAAGUAUGCGCUGCCAGCGCUGAAAAAGUUCAAGAAGGGCGGUGUGGUGUGGAAGUUUGACUGGAUUAACAGCAUGUACAAGGACCAAGGAAAAUACUGGCGCGUCAUCAACAAGGAGGUGUUCAAUAUGCAGCCGUACUUUGACCCCAUCAUCAACGGCGCGUUCAACACCAACAACAAGUACAACCUUCUCGAUUCGAAGCUCGAGGCAAUCAUGAACCAGGACGGCUAUGGCUCUGCUGACAUCACCAAGAGCUGGGACGCGCUGACCUGGAAUCCAGCGACGCGCGAAGCCAACUACAACUGCAUGAAGAACUUGUUCUACGUCGGCAGGGUCGACGACAGACAGAGCGUGCGCUGUCAUUUUGCCAACUACAUGCUGCUUGCCUUUGCCGCCCUGCUGAUGGUGGUUGUCCUAGCAAAGUUUUUGGCUGCGCUGCAGUUUGGCAACAAGAAGCGCCCGAUCCCGCCGCACAAUCUGUCCAAGACCAUCCAAUCGACCCCGCGCAUUGUGCUGGAUAUCCUCGGAGUCGACCCAGAGUACGAUCCCCCAGGCCGCGACUACCUGGCCAUUGCUGAGGGCUCGCGCCGCCACAACAUCUGUAAGGUGUACUCUGGUCUCUACGAGUUCGAGGGACAUGUCGUGCCGUUCAUGGUUGUAGUCAAGGUUGGCACCCCGGAUGAGACAAGCAGAUCGGGUAAUCGUGGUAAGCGUGAUUCUCAGCUGGUCGCCAUGUCGUUCUUCAACAAGCUCGAGAUGUACCACCAGAUGCGCCAUAUCAUCGGUGUCCCACCACAGAACUUUGAGUACCUGUUGCAGGUCGAUGCCGAUACCGAGGUCAUGCCGGACUCGCUCACUCGUCUGGUCUCUGCGUGUUCGUCAGACCAGCGUAUCGCCGGUAUUUGCGGUGAGACAAUGCUGGGCAAUGAGUCCAAGAGCUGGACCACCAUGAUGCAGGUGUAUGAGUACUUCAUCUCGCACCACAUGGCCAAGGCGUUCGACCAGUGCCUUGAGGCAUACUCGGAGCUGCACGUCGACUACGCUGCACAAGAAGAACCUGCUGUCACUCGGCGAGGAUCGCUCAAGUUUAUCCAGGAUGCCAAGUGCAAGACUAUUGCUCCCGAGAAAUGGGGUGUUUUGAUGUCGCAGCGUCGUCGCUGGAUCAACUCGACUGUACACAAUCUGGCUGAGCUGCUGUUCCUGCCCAACCUCUGCGGUUUCUGCUGCUUCUCGAUGCGCUUCGUCGUGUUCCUCGAUCUGUUUGGUACCCUGACCAUGCCGACCACGCUUGGGUACUUUAUCUACUUGAUCUACGCUGCUGCUACAAAUACUGCCGACGUCGGUUACAUCUCUCUGUACCUCAUUGCCGCCAUCUACGGCGUGCAGAUGGUGAUUUUCGUUCUGCGCCGCGAGUGGCAGCAUAUUGGCUGGAUGAUCAUCUACUUGCUGGCCUUCCCGCUGUGGUCGUGUGUCCUUCCCAUCUACUCGUUCUGGCAUAUGGAUGACUUCUCGUGGGGUAACACGCGCGUGGUGGUCGGCGAUGGCAAGCGCAAGAUCAUCAUCAAUGACGAUAAGCCAUUUGACCCUAAAUCGAUUCCACAGCGCCGUUGGCCUGCUGGUGUCCUGAACGCGCCGCCGCCCAACAUGAACCCGAACGCCGGAUCCAGCAAGGAAGAUGACCGCGGCACCAUGUACAGCCGCCAAUCUGGUCCUAAUGGCAGCCAGGUCGGUUACCAGAUGCCACCAGCGAUGUCGAUGCCCCGUGUGGGCACGCCGACCACCAUGUAUGGCGGCGGCCCAGGCUCUGUCGUGAUGGGUGGUCCGGGCUCUGUCAUGAUGGGCGUUGCGCUGCAGCAGCAACAGCAGCAGUACAGCAUGCGGGCUAACAGCCCGACUGAAAUGAUCAUGAUGCAGCCUAUGGAUACUAACUCGAUGAUAACCUCGCAGGCUGGCAUCUACAACACGUACACGUCCUACGGAAACACAUCACCGACACCGUCAUCGUCUGGCCUGCUGCCCAACACUGGCGCGGUGCGUCCCAUCUCAGGCAUGUCCAGCGGCAGUUUCUUCAACCAGCAGCCAAUGCAGCAGCAGCAGCAGCAGCAGAGCAUGCCGCCUGCUGCGGCCGGCCAUCCAGAACACACCAAAUCGUUCUACAGCACUUCCUCGGCGGGCGGCCCGGCGAGCGCAUUUGCUCCUAUGGUCGCCUCGAGCCAGGCAAUGAUGAGCGGCGGCACACCGGGCAUGAUGAUGAGCGGGCUUUUGCCGACUGAUGACCAGCUGGUCGAGAGCAUCCGCCGCAUUCUGGCAAACUCGGAUCUCAAUGCUGUAACCAAGAAGAGCGUGCGCACGCAGCUCUCAGCCGAGUACGGUGUGGAUCUCAGCCCGCGCAAGGACUUUAUAGGCGACGCUAUCGAGCUUAUCCUCGCUGGCCAGCUGUAG